AUGCGACCCACGAAAUCGUUAAACAAUACCCGUAUUCUGGAGGAAGAGGAGAGCCUUCUCAGCGGCCCUCUGCCAGAGCAAGUCGCCUCGCGUCAGACAAGGCCAUGUUCUUUCUUCUCCCGGUACCAAAAGUCGGCUAUUGUUCUGAAAGAUGUAAUCCUGCUCGCACUGGCCAUUCCCACACUGGUCACGCUCGGCCAGCAUGUCGCGGACCGGGCUCGCUCCACGGCGACGCAGCACAGCAGACAAGACACGGCCCUGCCAGGCUGCAACUGCGGGACGUCUGUCGCGCAGGCCGUACGGCUCGGCUGUCAAUACGAUACGCUGGCCGCGGCCUGGCUGCCGCCUCACUGCCGGGACGACGAGCUCACGGCGCUCUUUGACCGCUCCGGCGACGGCCCCAACGGCACGUGGACGUACUGGUCCGAUGUCCAUCACAGCACGGAGAUUGCCGUCGGGGACAUUGGCGCUCUGGCCGAUGACCCGAGACAUGGGCGGUUCUACGCGACGUAUCGGUGGCACAUGGUCCACUGCUUCUUUUACUGGCGCAAGGCCAUCCGGUCUCAGGCUUUGGGCAUCACGUUGGAGGACCGCUUCAACACGGAGAAGCAUGCCAUUCACUGCAGCAAGAUGCUCGACGCGAACCGUACGAUUGGUGCUGUGUCGGGAGUCGCGUUGAAUAGCAAUCGGUGGGACCCGUGA